GGUACAGUAAUGACUCAUUGUAGUUAUAGUUGUAAGUCUAACACUGUUAAUGCUGUGUUAGAGGUUAGUACCUUUUAUUAACCUACUUUAUUUAAACACUAUAGUUCAGUUGUUACUAGACCUGCAGCACAAUAACUUUGUCUUACUGGCCACUACUUAAAGCUGUUGUAAGUAGCUGUAGUUUGGUUGUAGCACAGUUUGCACACUCUUUGCAAAAGGUCAUAUUUCUCACCAUGAGAAGUUCAGGACUUCAGUGAGGCAGCUGGGUCACAGAGUCUUGUCCAGUCCAGGAUCUGAGUUGUUUUAAGGUGGAAUCUGCAGUGUGUUGUUCCUGCUGGAAGCUGGGAGGACCUACAGGCUGCUGGUGCUCUACAUGGAAUUCCUCUAAACACCAGGAAUUCCUCUGGAAAUAUUUGGAAUACGUCCAGGACUGUUUGGAGUCCUCCUCUGGGACAUGUUUGGACCACACAGGGGACACUCACCACUUCAGUCACAGUCUUUCUAAGUCUACAAGGACUACCCAUAAUUCCAGGAGGUAUAGCUCAUCCUGCCAAAAUGUGACAGAGCAUGAGACCUCAGUAAGUGAGCACAUUGUCUGUCAUGGAUCUGGACCUGGGAACAGAAUCUGAUACGGGACGUGGGGCUGGACUGGAGCCCUGUGAUGGAGGGUUACUGGAUGUAAAAGGAGAUGAUGGAGAGCUCAGCUCUGAAUCCUCCUCCUCCAAUGCCUCCCUGCCCUCCUCCUCCACCCUCCCUUCCACCUCCUCCUCGCCCCCCCCAGUUUGUGUGGAGGAGGAGAAGGAGGUGCUGACUGGCUGUUCCAAGUCCUUCACCGGACUCAAGCUCUUCACCAGGAGGAAAGCCAUCGCCAAGUCUGGCCUGCACCACCUGCCCUGUCAACCCAGCACCUCGUCUCUGACCAGGACCGACCCAGAGGCUCACAUCCGCAGCACUGUGGACUGGACUGAGUCAGCUUUGUAUGGAGACCACAUCUGGUUUGAGACCAAUGCGUCUGGAGAUUACUGUUAUGUUGGAGAACAACACUGUGUUGCCAAAGCACUGCAAAAGUCUGUCAGCAGGAGGAAGUGUGCAGCCUGUAAGAUCGUUGCUCACACCAUCUGUAUAGAACAACUGGAGAAGUUCCCCAGCUCUAGAGCCAUUCUGCUGGAGACCACCCUGCCCCUCAAUGACCCCACCUUUAGAAUUAACUUCAGGUGCAAACCUUCUUUCAGAGAAUCAAGCUCUAGGAACAUUCGUGAACCCGUUGUGGUGCGUCAUCACUGGGUUCAUCGCAGACGACAAGAGGGCAAAUGUAAACAGUGUGGGAAGGGCUUCCAGCAGAAGUUUGCCUUCCACAGUAAAGAGAUCGUAGCCAUCAGCUGCUCCUGGUGCAAACAGGCUUACCACAACAAGGUUUCCUGCUUCAUGCUGCAGCAGAUUGAGGAGCCUUGUCCAAUUGGAGCUCACGCUGCCCUCAUAGUCCCACCCACAUGGAUCGUCCGGGUCCGACGCCAUCAGUCUUCUAUGAAGUCCAGUAAGAAGAAGAAGAGGACGUCAUUCAAGAGGAAGAGCAGUAAGAAAGGAGCAGAGGAAGGACGGCAGUGGAAGCCGUUUAUAAUCCGACCCAUCCCCUCACCACUGAUGAAACCGCUGCUGGUGUUCGUCAACCCCAAGAGCGGAGGAAACCAGGGGACCAAGAUCCUGCAGUCCUUCAUGUGGUAUCUGAACCCAAGACAGGUGUUUGACCUGAGCCGGGGAGGACCAAAGGAGGGCCUGGAGCUGUAUCGCAAAGUCCACAACCUGAGGAUCCUGGCCUGUGGAGGAGACGGCACUGUGGGCUGGAUCCUGUCUUGUCUUGAUGAGCAGGCGUUAAACCCUCAGCCUCCUGUUGCCGUGUUACCACUUGGGACAGGAAAUGACCUUGCCAGGACCCUCAACUGGGGCGGGGGUUACACAGACGAACCUCUUUCGAAGAUCCUGUCCCACGUGGAGGAUGGAGCUGUCGUCCAGCUGGACAGGUGGAAUCUACAGGUUGAACCAAACCACAGUGCAGGGGCUGAACUAGAUGAACAACAGACUGAUAAGCUUCCUCUAGAUGUUUUCAAUAAUUACUUCAGUCUUGGAUUCGAUGCCCACGUGACUCUAGAGUUCCAUGAAUCAAGAGAGGCCAACCCAGAGAAGUUCAACAGUCGCUUCAGGAAUAAGAUGUUCUAUGCUGGAACAGCAUUCUCAGACUUCCUGAUGGGAAGCUCCAAAGACCUGUCGAAGCACAUCAAGGUGGUGUGUGAUGGGACUGAUUUAACGUCAAAGGUUCAGGACUUGAAGCUGCAGUGUCUGGUCUUCCUCAACAUCCCCAGAUAUUGUGCAGGAACCACACCUUGGGGAAACCCCAGUGAACAUCAUGACUUUGAGCCUCAGCGUCAUGAUGAUGGAUACAUCGAGGUCAUUGGAUUUACUAUGACUUCUCUGGCCACUCUCCAGGUUGGAGGUCAUGGUGAGAGGCUGAACCAGUGCAGAGAAGUCACUCUGACCACCACAAAACCUCUCCCAGUCCAGGUGGAUGGUGAACCAUGCAGACUGGCUCCCUCUGUGAUCCACAUCAGCCUCAGAAACCAGGCCAACAUGAUCCAGAAAACCAAACGACGGACUUCACUACCACACCUCAAUGAUCAGCAGCCAGUACCAGAGAGACUCAGGAUCAGAGUGAGCAGAAUCAGUAUGACGGACUACGAGGCUCUGCAUUAUGACAAGGACAAACUACGGCAAGCAUCCAUUCCUCUGGGUCUGAUUGUGGUUCCUGGUGACAGUGACUUAGAGACCUGCAGAGAACACAUCCAGCGUCUGCAGGAGGAGGAGGCUGCCAAGCCAAAAAUCCUUUCCUCACAGAGAUUAUCUCCAAAGUGGUGUUUCCUUGACUCUACAACAGCUGAUCGUUUCUACAGGAUAGACAGAGCACAGGAACAUCUCAACUACGUCUCAGAAAUCUCCCAGGAGGAGAUUUUUAUCCUGGACCCUGAGCUGGUUGUCAUGACGACAGUAGGCACGUCCCCCUCAUCCAUUCCUGACCUGUUUAACUACGCCCCCAGCUUGGGAAACAACAGUUCCUCCCAGAGGCAGCGAGUGAACAGUGACAGCUCUGCAGCUGAAGCCUUAACACACAACACAACACCUGUGACCAGCAAACUCAGCAGGGCCGGUUGUAUCCAUCGCUCUAACACCACUGCAGCUGAUUUCAAACCAAGACUGAGACAGGAAAAGAGCCAGAAGACGAGUGAAGCAGAAAGAGAGAGAGAGAGAGAACAAGAGGUGUUGAUCGAGUGUGUGAAGAACAAAGACUUAAAGAAGCUGCAGGAGCUGCACCUGAAGGGGGCAGACCUCACUGUUCUGGACCAAUCAGACUGCAGUUUGUUGCACCAUGCUGUCAGUACAGGAAGCAAAGAGAUGGUCCGCUACAUUCUUGACAACGCUCCUAAUGACCUGCUGGAUGUCACAGAAAAACAGCAUGGGGAGACAGUUCUUCAUCAAGCUGCAUCUCUGUGCCACAGGACCAUCUGUCAUUACCUGGUAGAAGCAGGAGCCUCACUGAUGAAAACAGACCUGCAGGGGGACACUCCUAAGAACAGAGCAGAGAAGGCUCAAGAUGCUGAACUGGCAGCUUACCUGGAGAACAGGCAGCACUACCAGAUGAUCCAGAGAGAGGACCAGGAGACAGCUGUUUGACUCUGUCCCUCUGUGUGUGGGGGACGAGGAUGAAGAUGCUACUGUCUCUGACCGACAGCAGGCCAGUGAUGCUAGGACAUGGACUCAUGAGAGUGAAGCUGAGCCAUGAUCUCAACAUGCAUUUAAUGAUGAUUAUGAUUGUGAUUAGAACAAUGAUGAUGAUGAUGAUGAUGACAGUUUAUGUUGAUGAAGAUGAUGGUCAUGAAAUCAUUUUGAACAGCUCAGUAAUAAAACAUGUUGGUGAAGGAAACAGAAACCGACUGAAGAGUAAAUUCAUCUCAAACACAUUCAAACUGAAUCACACAGCAGUGUUUCAUCAGUCUGGAUCACUGCUCACUGGAUCACAAUGUUAAUGUCUUAGAGCCUGACGAGGCUAAUGAGCCCUGACAAGCUUUUCUUUGGGGUGUGUUUCAGGUCCAAUGGUUAAAGAUGGUUAAAGGUGUGAGGUGAGAGGUCAUUGACCUCUGAGUAGAAACUGAGUCCAUCAGGGUUCAUCUUCAGGGACCAUGAACAUGAAUUAAGAACUAUUGACAUAUCCUUUAAUGGACACGAUGGUGUUGAGUUCAGGGACCCUAAAAUUAAAACAAUUAAUGAAGAUGUUCUUAUCACUGUAUCUCACUGUGUUUAAUGAAAUCAUUCUGAUUUAAAUGUUCAUUUUCUUUACAUUAAAUCAUAUUGGAUUCAUAUUUUUUUGUUAAAUAUAUUAAAAUAUAUUUUGUUUGUGCCAAACUUCAAAGUGUUGUAACAUUUAAAGAGACAGUACACACAUCAUUAUAGCAACAACCUACAUCAAACUGACUGAUGAAGGCAAAUCAUCAUCAUCCUCAUCUGCUCAGGUAAUGCAGUCUGUACAGACAUGACAUUGUGGCCAAGCUGUGGCGAAUCAGACUCACCUGGUGAUGCCAACUCAACACAGACAUUCCUUCAAUCAUAAACUACAGCAAGCAGCAAUGGACUAAACAGUGGAAACAGUAUGAAUAAUAAAACCUGAUGAGUCACUCUGAGAGACCUGGAUCCUGUUAGAACCACAUCGAUGGGGCUGAAGAACCAUGUUCCUCAUGUUAACAUCAUGUCUUGAAUAAACCAGGAUAACAGGACCGGGACAGUAAACUGCAUCAGGGGGUUUAGUUUGAGAGGAUCAGGAAACUGUGAGCUCAACUCACAACUGUGAUCAGGUGUGAUUUUACAUCAGACCUGAGUGACUUCCAGCUGGACGAUCACUCAGAUCUGAUGUAAAAUGAAACCUGCUCUGGUAAAAAGUGUCUGAACUGUCUUCAGAUCAGAUUUACAUUGACAGUGACUCCAUGUCCUGGCUCUCUCUGAUGUACAGCAGUUAGGUCUUUUCUUUCUUUGAUUUACACCUGUGGCCAAUCUGAUCUUCACUCUCAUGUUUAUGACAAACACGUUGAUAGGACAGAAAUACUUUCAUUUUUUUCUAUUUUCUUUCUUUCUUGUUAUUCAGUUGUUGGAUAUUUGUAUAAUUUGUU